AUGGCUGAUAUGAAAGGAAGAUUCUGCUCAUAUCUAUCUAUCUAUCUAUCUAUCUAUCUAUCUAUCUAUCUAUCUAUCUAUCUAUCUGAGCUUGUCCAUUUCUAUCUAUUUAUCUAUCUUAAACCUUACCAAAUAUUUUUCUAUAAUGAAUCUUCAUGCGAAGGUUGUAAGCAUUAUAUUUCUUCGAGGGGAUUUAAGACCUUGACCCUCAUAAGUCGAAUACGACGGGAUAGUCCAUCAAAUAUCUAUCUAUCUAUCUAUCUAUCUAUCUAUCUAUCUAUCUAUCUAUCUAUCUAUAUAUGUCUGUCUGAAAUAGUAUCUAUCUAUCUAUCUAUCUAUCUAUCUAUCUAUCUAUCUAUCUAUCUAUCUAUCUAUAAAUUCUUUUCAUUAUUUUUCCUAUCUACUAGUUUUAUGUGCACAUUUCUUCAGGCAUUUAUCUGUGGGAUCCACAGACGUUCGUAG